UGCUCCCUCUGUGAACUCGGGAGUGGAGCUCCACGCCGAGCACAGUCCUUAGUUGGACCUUGAUGUCUCUGCGCUGGGGAGCAGUGUGUGCAGCCAAGUCAGUGAUGGUAUCUGACAUAAUGGCUGAUUGGACAGACUGCUGACCCGGUGCUGCAGCGGGCCUGCUGGACGUCACGUUACUUCAGGGAGGGGAGGAAAACACUGAAUCUCUACCGCCGGCACAAGGGGCACCCUCAUUCAGUUCUGUGAUGUUACUGAUGCACGGUUGACUCUGAACACGAGGAGAGAGGAGCGGUGGGGCAGAGGCAGACUGUAAUGGGAUUGUCUCCGAGAGAGUAAAAUGAGCCGGAUGAACCUGCGAAAACUGAGUUGAUACAGCAGGAAACACAGCUGAGUGUGGAUGUUCCCCACUUUUAUCGUUCCUUCUUAGUGAAAGAUAUUCAUGCCUCAUCAAAAAUCUAAUGGAUUACAGUGCUGCUGACAGACUGUAACGCCAAUAGGCAAAACCCCAUCAGAACUCAAAAAUGUCUAAUAAAACAUUUAACAUGUCCUCUGAACAAGUUGAGCACACAGUUCUUUUGGCCCAAAGAAACCUGCCAGUGGGGGUCUCAGCUGAGAGUCAUUACAGCAGCUUGCCACUGUCCCCUUCACCUGACUCAGUAAGUAGCAUUUCCAUCCUGAGCGACAGAGAAACCAACAGUUCUCCUGAUGUGAACAUGCUCGAGUGCUGCCUCAGCGACGGUUCCCCUGGGGAUAACCCCUUCAGCACCACCUUACCACAGGGUAAUGUGCCCUGUGGUGUAAGAACGAACCUGAACCAAACUUUUAUAGCUACACCUGUAAAUGGAAGUGUGAAUUUCUGGAAUGAAAACUUGAGUCUACUGAGCAACCACGAGACGGGAUCAGAGCAGUACCAGACUUUUAGUAAGAACACAGAGGAUGGAAAUAACAGCGCAGUGAUUUCUCCAGACUCUGCUGGGAGGGAAAGUCAGCUGGGUUCAUGUGAGACGUCCCGUAGAGGAUCCACUGAGAAUGACUGCUGCUCCCUGAGCUCUGGGGAAAUGGUAAUGAGGAGCAACAGUUUUUGCCUGGAGGACCAGUCACUCUUAUUAGUCUCUUCCCUGGAUGAGUCAUCAAUCUCUUUUACUGCAGGCCAUCCGGAAACGCCUGCUGAAUCUAACCUGCUGUCAACCACUCUGCUGGAUUUCUGCGAAAUAUCCACAGAAAGAGUCACUGAGGAGAACGCAGGCCAUCCGUGUCUUGGCACGACUUUCACUCAGGCAGAGCUCCCCAGUGAAGAAAAUGAUACGGCAGCAUCCAUCUCUCCUGUAGCUCUGCCAAGUGAGAGUGAAGGAGCUCUUUUGAUGACUUUUGUCUGUGAAACAUCUCCUGCAGAUUGUGGAAAAGAGGCUCAGUUUGCUACUGCUGGAGCACAGCUGCUUCAUUUCCCUGGAACAUUCACACCAGAACAAGGCCAGACCUUUGUGUCCACUCUGUCAGCUACACAAGACACUGAUAAGGAUAUUCAUACUUCCACUCCAAUACAAUACGUCGGGAACAAGAUACCCAGCCUGCCAUCCUUUUCAGAGUCCCCCUGCACUCGAAACACAGGCAGCCCAGGACGCCAUCCUGUACAACAGCAGCAGAUCUCCACUUCUCCUAAACAACGUUUGGUUGCAGGACUGCCACCUUCAACCAGCAAAGUCAAGAAAAUGGAAAUUAAGAAGUUUCCCAAGUCAGACUUCAGCAAUGUAAAAUCUAAAGUCGUGACAAGAAAUGUGCAUCAAGUGUCACUACCAGGCCCUAAUUCACAGCAAAAAACCUCACAAGUUAAUGUGAACAAUAAACACACUGACACGCACAGAGGAGCAGCUAUGAGGAUUAGUCCUGCCAAGGUAAGGAGUAGCACUGCUGUCUCUCCCACCUCAAAAAUGGUCAAUGAUGCUCUGAGACAAGUGAAUACGGGGGCUUCUAAUUCAGGCGUAACAAUGAUACAGUCAUCUGGGCACACUGCUGUGGAUGGACAGGGUAAGAGGAAAGAAUCCCUACCUUACCGCCAUUUAGCUGCAAACAAACAUGCUUCAGCAGUCCAAAGCAGUAACGAAACAGAAACAGGCCACUCAGACUCAAGCCAAGCUGCAGCACAGCAUGCUGGCAACCAGACCUUCUCCUUCUCAUCCUUAGAAAAAUCCCCUGAUGGAAGUGGCCCAACGGAUCCCAAACCAACUCCGAAGAAGGGCGUGUCAGGCAAAAUUGAGGUCAAGUCAGGCUCAGCAUUGCGUCCCAACAAGCCUCCCGUCCUCAAGAUGCGACCUCGCUGCUCAUCCGAGAGUUCAUCGUCAGGGAACUUUAGCUGCUCUUCCCAGAAUAAACGGGCCAAACGGGCUGAGGCCGCCAACAGAUCUGCUGAAAACUCCACAAGAGAGGUUAAAAAAAUCAGUCUGGUGGCAGAGUUGGGCAAAUCGACAACAGCAGGAGCCCCGUGGGAUGAGAGUAAGAGCAGAUUUCGAGGACGGCCAUCUCCUAGACAAACAAGAGGACCAACACUUUCACAAACUCCAGCUGCCAGUCCCAGAUCAGCCACUCUGUCAGCCAGGCAGGCCACCUUGGGGAGGGAUGAAUGCAGGACCUCCAAAGCUGUAGGGACGCCACAAUCCAAGCAGAAGAGUAGUACAGGCAGUCAGAGAGCGCAGGCAACAGGCCAGCAGCCAUCCCUUGGAACUGCCUUAACAGCGAGUAUUAAGCCCCAGCUGAACGGAUCCAGACCUCUUCAGACUCCCACUCGCCCCUCUCUUAUGGGCCCUCCCCUUACUCCUGCUACUAGAUUACCACGCAAGACCCUGGGCAGUGAAGGUGCUGGGAGUACACAAGUUUCUGGAGGAGCUGCACAUAAACCAGCCUCAUUCAAAACUGCCGUGCUGAAGGCUAGGCUCAUCCCAACCCCUGGGAAAAACACUGGACCAACUUUGGCCACAUCAGGCAAAGCUGCUGCUUCCACCAGCAAAGGAGCUUCAAAUUCUACAGUCAGUCCACUGAAAAGGACCGCUUCUGCAAGACUUGUUCGUGUAACUUCAAGUGGACCUGUGGACAAGAACAAACCCAAGGCCAGCUCCUGCCAGCAACCUCCUCAGCAGCAAGCUUCCCAACAGAACCACAGUAAUGGACCUCCGGAUGUGGUACCAGCAAGUGUCCCUGAGGGUGGGAGAAAGGACCAGAGCAUCCAGCAGCUCAGAGGACUCCUAGCAGCGAGUAACUGCAGAUUUGAGGCAGUUGCCAUCGUCUUGCAGCAAACCUUGACUGAGCGUGAUGAAGCCACAAGGCAGUGCAGGGAUCUGUCCCAGGAGCUGGUCAACCUUCGAGGAGAUCUGGUCUGCUCCGUCCAUUCGUCUGAGCGUCUGGAGAAGGAGAAGGAUGAGCUGCGUGUUGCUCUGGAGGAGGCACUGCAGAAACUGCAGGAGCAGCACCAGAAGGACCUGGUCGAGCUGGAGCAGAGACUGCAGGCCUUCUACCAGGCAGAGUGGGACAAGGUCCACCUCACCUACCAGGAGGAGGCUAACAAGUGCAAGACUCUCAUGCAACAGCAGAUGGGAGAGCUUAAAGCCAAUCAUGAAGCCAUGAAGCUGGAACUAGAGAAGAGCCAUACAGAACAGCUGCAGUGUGUUAAACAGCAGUAUGAAAAGUCACUGGAAGAGCUCAGCAAAGUCCACAAUCAGGAGCUGCAGUCUUUGGACAAAACUUUGAAAGAUGCAGAAGCUGCUUUAUCUGAACAGAUUGAAGCGCUGACGGUGGAGAACAAUGCUCUCAUUGAGAAGCUAACUGCAGAGGAGAACAGGAGGAAGGAGCUGGCCGAAAAGAGUCAGAAGGACUCCCACACACUGUAUCUGGAGCAAGAGCUGGAGAGUCUCAAAGUGGUGCUGGAUAUCAAAAACAAACAGCUCCACCAGCAGGAAAAGAAGAUGAUGGAGAUCGACAAACUGAAAGAGAAAAAUGUGAAGUUGGAUGAGAGCCUUCAGAAGGUCCAGCAGGAGAAUGAGGACCUCAAAGCCCGCAUGGAUAGACAUGCUGCACUGUCAAGACAGCUGUCGACAGAGCAAGCUGUGCUGCAGGAAUCCCUUCAGAAGGAGUCCAAGGUGAACAAGCGUUUGUCGAUGGAGAACGAGGAGCUGAUGUGGAAGCUACACAACGGAGACCUGAGUAGUCCCCGCAAGGUGUCCCCCACCUCCACGUCCCCCUCCCAUUCUUUCAGCUUCCAAUCACCUCGCAGCUCCGGCCUGUUCUCCAGCCCUCCUGUGUCGCCCAGAUAACGAUGGGCCCCUGCUUCCAGAAAGCAGACCCUCUCUUUUGAGUUAUCCCCCUGGAAUUAAGAGCCAUGUUUGUUUCCUCUUCGCUUAGCAACAUGACAGCCUGACCUUGGCUCUUUCAGGAUUGGAUGAACUUUGACACUUUCUGUAUAAAGAUGCUAUAGACUGUAAAAGUUAAAAAAAAAAAAAAAAGGUUGCACAGAUGCACUUAAUAAGCAAGGUCACCUUGUUCUUUGCCUUUCACGUCUGAUAGUAUGGAUGGAGAAAAAGGAAAUCUCAGGACUUCUAUGUAAUGAAACACUAUUUUUGUUACUUGUACUUGUCGGCAGAGGCUUGUCCUUCCUGAAGCUCAACACACGCACACACAGUACAUGCAGUAAACAAAAACAAAAAAAAACACAUACAUGCAUGCAUAUGUUGGCACAUGUGCAGAACACAAUAACCCUGCUGUGCGAGAGAGGGCUUCUUUCUGUCUCUGGAGGCCACAGCCAUGGAAAGUUUGAAUUCAGAAUGGUUAUGAAUACAGAUUACACUGUCCCUCCUCAAAGCGCAUUUUAUUUGAAAAAAAUGUGUAUGAAAUAAGGAAUUGCUUCAGUACAUGUCUCUCAGCUAACUGCACAAGAGUUAGUCAUAUUGCCAUAGUAUUCACAUCUGGCUGUACAAGUCUCAAUUCAUGUUCAGAAUUUCUUUGAGGUUAAGUUUUUUGUUUUUUUUUAAGUUGGGAUUGUUGGUAGUUUCAUCUGUGGCCUACAACAUGUUUUGUUUUUUAUGUUUGUUAGUUUGACCAUGGGACCAAUCCAAGUCUUUGUGCACGUGUUUGAGUCUUGUUAAUCACCCCCAUACUGAACCCUCCCAAUGCAGCUUUAAAGUUCGGGGUCUUUGCAAAGAGUUGACCAGAAGAAGCUUUACAGUACUUGUACAUGUCAGAGACAAUCUGUCUCCAAGAGUAUUUUGUGUGGAAUUGUUAUUAUUGGUGUGUUGGACCCCGUUUGAAAAUAUGCAAUUAAUAAAGUAUUGUAUUAAA